UUAAAACAGGAUAUCCAUCGGCGAUCCCAGUAACUUAACUUAUCCCCACUCCACCGAGAUUAUAAUGGGAUACAGCGGAAACACCAGUGCGAAUGCGAGCCCUCCCUCCGUCCUAUCCCCGACCUCCUCCUCCUCGUCCCCUCCUGUCAUUCUCAGCCCCUGCGCCGCCUGCAAGAUCCUCCGCCGCCGCUGCGUCGAUAAAUGCGUCUUGGCCCCUUACUUCCCGCCCACAGACCCCCUCAAAUUCACCAUUGCUCAUCGUGUUUUUGGCGCUAGCAACAUUAUUAAGCUGUUGCAGGAACUCCCUGAGGAUCAAAGAGCGGACGCUGUUAACAGCAUGGUUUACGAGGCGAACGCGAGGCUGAGGGACCCGGUGUAUGGCUGCGCGGGCGCGAUCUGCCACCUGCAAAAGCAGAUCAGUGAGCUUCAAGCCGAGCUAGCCAAAGCUCAGGCUGAGAUCAUGAACAUGCAAUGCCAGAAUUCCAACUUGUUCGAGCUCAUUUGCAAGCAAAUGUCAUCUGCGAAAAAUGACGAGGAAAAUCUGCAGCCGUUUCGCGACAAUUCGGCCUUCCUUUUGGACGAGAGCGUUUUGGGCGUGGCUUGGGAGCCUCUAUGGGCAUGAUGUUCCAUUCACCGAAUUAAAGACAAUCUUAAUUUUGACAUAUACUAUAAUACUUACAAGAAUAUUUAUCAAGAAAAUAAAGGAUUUUGAUUUAGUUGUUGUACUUGUACUGAUUCAAGUUGAGGUUAUGGGUUAGGGUUUGAGAUACUUAGAUAUAUGUAAUUUCGCAAUGUGAAUUUGACCAAAGGAAAGAGAAGUGAAUUAAGAAAAGGGUCAUGACUUUACAAAAGGAGUCCCCUUGGAACUUAGAA